GUCCGAUCGCCAUCGGUAGCUAAAGUGCCUGUUACCAAGUCAUCUGCGCGCCUCUUAGUCCGUCCGUUUGCUAUUCAUCUGUACUGUACAGCGUUUCUGAUCCUUCUGUUCUCUCUGUGUGAGAAUGAAGCUGUUUGGCGAAAAAACCACACCAAGAGAACGUUUAAGGAAUAUGGUUUCUGUUGUCCGAAGGCAAAAGUACCACAUACAGCGGGAUAUCACUGGCCUACAGGCACAAAAUAAGCGAGUUGAAGCAGACAUCAAGAAACGAGCGAAAGCUGGCAACCUUGAUGAAGCAAAGAUACUCGCGCGCGAGUUGGUCAAUUCGAGAAAAGCUGUGUCAAGAUUAUACUCAGCAAAUGCCAAUCUGGAUUGCAUCAUUUCCGAAUUGAAUUGUCAGGCGGCCACCACAAAGAUGGCCGGUUGCUUGAAGAGUAGCACCGCUGUGAUGAAAUCUAUGUCCGCAUUGUUUAAGCUUCCUGAGCUUCAGAAAACGAUGCGAGAUCUCAGCAAAGAGAUGACAAAGAUGGGCCUUAUUGAUGAGAUGAUCCAAGACACAAUGGAGUCCACUAUGGGCGAUGCGGAUGAUAUGGAGGAGGCCACAGCAGCCGAGGUCGAAAAGAUCAUUUUCGAAAUCACAUCUGGCGAGGUGGUCAAACCGCCUGGCAUCGGUUUGGUUUCAGUUCCCACAGACAUGCCGAUUGCUGGUGGGAGCCAGUCACCUAGUGAGUUGGCUGGGAGUGUACUCGAGGACGAUGAGGAGGAGAUGUCUGAAAUGCAAGCACGUCUAGCGGCCUUGAGGAAUUGAUCAGGUUGAUGACGACAGUUUUCCAUUAUCACUUGUCUUUCAUUCAUCUGUUCGUGCGAUUGGAUUGUCUGUUAUUUUCAGCUCUCCCAAUUUCACUUCACUUCGUUUGUGUCGGCACACCGUCUCACACGCCCUUCUAUCUGUUCUCAUUGCUUGUUCUCGGCUUUGUAUGCAACUACAUAGGCAUCACGAAACUCUGCCGAUCUUUGCAGAUCACAUGCCCACUUUUUCACAAAACAAUAAUUGAUCGGUGGCGUUUCUUUGCUACUGGAGGUGCUUUGAACUUGUUUCUAAGCGCAUCAAUGUGGUGGACUCACAUGACUCCCGAUCAUCAUAGGCUCACUUAACCAGUGUUGUAUAUCACGUAUGAAUAGUGUUUAAAGUGAUCCAGUUUCCAUGCUAUCUCGCUAAUAUACGUG